CCGUCGGUCGGGACUGGGGCUGAGGCUGCAGCUCCUGCGGAGGGUGCAGGUCCGGGUGAGGACGAAGGGGACGGCGCAGAGAUGGUACUGGUGCGGCCGAAGGACUUUGAGGUCGAUGAGGCGUUCUUUGAAACCGGGCGGGACGGGCUGGCCUAUGUCUUUGAGUCGCUGCCUGGUGGCGGUCGCGGCUCGACCGUGCCUGUGGACUGGCUGGAGGAGCAGGAGGCUGUGCUCGACGCCGGCCUGGCACGGAUCCAACGUGUACUCGACGCGCGGCUGAAAGAGUCGUACGACUCGUUUGUCUCGGGCAUGCAGCGGGUCCGCGAGGUGGAGACCGAUCUGCAGUUUGCAGGAGUCAUUUGCUCUAACGGCCGCCGCAAUCUGGGCGCCGCGCGCGACAACCUGACUACCUCGGGCCUGGCAGUCUCUUCGGCGGUAGAGUGCAAAGCGACGGCUACCGCCGUCUUGGACCUGCUCUCGGUCCUGUCGUCGCUGGAGCAGGCGCCGGCCGCCAUCGACGCGCAGCUCGAGCUCGGUGCGUUUGCCGACGCCGUGACGCUGGCAGACGAGGUCCUGGCGGCGCUCGACGCAGCCGAAGCACGUGUGGCGGAAGCGGACAAAGUCGACGAAGAAGAAGAUGAAAAUGGCAAAUGCGACGAGGUGGCCGAUGACAGCCCCGUCGAGGACCAGGCCGCGCGCGAGCCGCCGACGCUGGUGUGCGCAUCGCACCUGCGAGCACAAGUGACCAACGCGCGCAACGCGGCAGUGGUCUCGAUGGGCGACGCCAUCCGCGAGGCCUUUGUCUCGUUUGAUGCAGAGCGAUACGGUGCAGUACUCUCGGGCUACGCCGCGGCCGGCAAGGAGGUCUCUGUCAAGACGCUUGGCUCGAUUGUGGUCGAUGCGGUGCGGCUGGCGACGCGCAACGUGGUGCUCUCUGUGGUAGCACGCGACGGCAAGGUAUCGAGCAAAAAGAUGCGGAUGUACCGGACCAAGUUCAAGUUCAAGGAGCUUGCAGCGCUGGUGCCCGAGGACGCGUUUGUGGAGACGCUCCGCGAGCUUGCGGCGUGCGGGUGCGACCUGCUGUACAACUACUCUGCCGUCGAGUCAUGGCACAGGGCCGCGGCGGCCGCAGCCGCAGAUGCCAGUGAGCUUCCCCCGGAAAUGCCGCUGAUUGUGGGCGUGGGCGCGAUGCUCCGGGAGCUGCGGUCAGACAAGCUCUGGGCCUCACUGGAGCGGUAUGUGGUUUCGUUUGUGUCAGUGGCCAACGUGGCGCUUCUCCCGCCGUCGGCUGUUUUUGGCACGCUCGAGCUGGCGACUGGCCUCGCCGUCAUCGGCGACGAGUACUCGGAGACCAAGUGCGGGUCGCUGCGAGCGGCGACCCGGGCGUUUGCGACGACGUACUUUGAGACGGCGCAUGCCAAGGCGCUGGACCACCUCAAGACCAUUCUUGAGAACGAUACCUGGCAGCGGUGGCCGGUCCACGCCUCGUACGGAGUGGCAGACCUGAAGUUUGUUCGCCCACGUCAAUCGGUGCUGGCGCGCCCAGUGACGGCGACAGCGUCAACCGGCGGCCGUCUCUCGUUGACCGAGCGGUUUGCGAUGGAGGGCAACCCAUUCCGUGCGCUUGCGCCGCCGGUCGACGAAGCCGCCUCCGUCGUCGCCAGUGGCGAUGCAGGUGGCAGAGGCGAGGUGGCUGCCGGCGAGCGCGGCGGACCGCUGGUCGGCUCAGCCACCAUCUCGCUCCUUCGCGCGCUCGCCGAGUACACCCACCUUCUCCCGGCGCUGCAGGCAUGCUCGGGCGAGGUGCUCAACGGGAUGGAGGAGCUGCUUCUCUUCUACGUGUUUUCAGUCUUCAAGCUGUUUGGCCUCCGCGGGCAGGACCUUGUCCGCGAGCUUACGCUCGACCCACGGACGGCCGGCGGUGCGGCGAGCGAGAGCGGGGCAGGCGCCGGCGAGAGCGGCAGUGGCGCCAGCGCAAGCGGCGGCAACGCCGGCGGCAACGGGACCGGAAGCGGCGGCAGCAACAGCGCCGGCGACGGCUCGGGCGUGCUGGGCGUGGGCAGCUCGGGCAGCGGGGGCAAGGGAAGCAAGGGAGGCAAGGGCAAGAUGCCGAAAUCGUCAUCGUCCAACUCGCUGACGGGGCUGCUGGCGCGAGCGGUGGCGAGUGGCAGCGGCAGCUCGCCGGAAAGCGAGACGACGCGCGUGUUAGCGCUUGUGCGUGCGGAUUCGGCGGUGGACGCCGGGCUGGAGGCGUUUGUUGUCCGCGGGCUUGGCCUCCUCCCGCUCGAGUCGCUGCCCUCGCUGUGCUCGAUUGUCAACCUCGGCUCGCCGACGACGCUGUACGGGCUGGCGGAGCGGGUGGUAGGCAUUGAGUCGCUGGUGUUUGUAGGCGAGGUACUUCGCGAGGUCCGGCCGCAGGUGGAGGAGUCUGUGGACAAGCAGCUGCGCGGGGCAGUGGCCUCGUUUUACGAGACGAGCGUGGCGCAGCUCAACCCGCUGCGCGAGUACAUGUACGCCAACGUGGGGACGCGGCUUAUCGACCUCAGCGCGUCGUGGCAAGCGCUCAACUCGGUCAACUUUAGUCCGAAAGAAGUGGGCAUGGAGCACAACGGAUAUGUCAACCUGCUGACGCGCGAGUCGCAGAUGCUUGCUUCGCGGUUUGCGUCGCUCUCGGAGACCGUGGUGCCGAGCGAGAUCCAGGACAAGCUCUGGGCAUCGAUCAUCGAAUGCAUGGCAACAAUGCUUGUCGAGGGGUAUGCGACGACGAAAAAGUGCUCGAUUGAGGGUCGAGCGCUGAUGUUCCUGGACCUCUCUGUCUUCCGGUCGGAGCUGUCCAAGCUGACACGACUCUCGCCGCUGCCUGGGAUGGCGCGAGUCGAGGGCUUUGUCAAGGCCUUUUACCUGCAGGAGCACGAGAUCAUGCCGUGGAUCAAGGACCACUUUGGCGAGUACUCGGUGAAGCAGCUGACCGGGCUGGUCUCGUCGGGAGCAGGCGAUCUCGGCCGCAAGACGCGGCAAAAGGUGAUCCAGUACAUCUCCAAGCUGCAGGCGCCGUGAACGGCACACGUUGGACACCUGCUGCGCCGGCAGGGCAUCGCCAGCAAAGGCAAGUCAUCCGCGCGAGGCGUCAGUGCGGUCAGUGCGGUCGGUGCGGUCGGUGCGGUCGGUGUCCGGCAACGGAUACGAGACGACCGACUGCUCCGGGAGGCGCGAGGCUCGCUCGACGUUGGCAGCGAGGAGGAGCUGAUGGACUUCGCGGAGGGCCGAGGGACACGACUUGGACAUCCACUCCCGAAAGCGCUUGUGCAUGAUGCUUUGGAACUCUGCGUGCUGCUCGAGGGGAAGCGGCGGGUUGGAGAUGAGUUGAAGGAACGAGUCGAUCUCGGCCUGACGGGCGGCGAGGGCGUCGGCAAAGGAGGGCGGAAGCGGGAACGGGUUCUUCCGCGUCGCGCCCUCCAUGUGCAGCGGAACGACAAACGGCGUAAACUUGUCAGGUUUGAGCAGG